GUGCAAUUUCGCUGGACGCCAACAAAUGCGCGCUGAUCAGAUUCCACAGCGUCUAUUGGAACAAUGCCCAGUUCUCCAUACAUGAUUUUAUCCGGGCUGCUUAAAAUAUCUCCCGAGGGUCUGUUGAAAAUGUCGGAGGAUGCACUGACCGCACUGUUGGCUUCACACGCGGAACACAUUUCUGCACGUGACCAAGCCCAUUUCGUCUCUCGUGUGCGUCCAACCGAAGAAGAUAGAAACACGUUGGAAGCGGCUCUUCGGUCCUGCAGCCUCAUGCCCUUGACUUUCCAAAUUGUGCUGUUCUAUCAAUAUCUCAUUCGUUGCAGCUACCAAGACGAUCUGCCGAUGCUCGAACAAAACUUGAUCUUUGAACUUGAACUUGUGCGAUUUCAAGAAAUGUGUCAUGGCAAAGUCCACAAUUCUGUGUUAAAACAAAAGCUGGCCUGCCUGUUGCUGACUUUUCUUGAAUCUGCUAUCCCGCCACAGGUUCAGAUCGGGCUGUCAUCAGAUGGGGCCACUCGUUUGAUUCAGAAGAUUCACCACCAACUUACACUGAAGACUGCCAUGAAUAGCACUCUGUUUGAGGACGCAUAUCCAGUGUUAUUCCGCCGUCUUCUACCAUUUUGGGCAGGAUUUCGGCGGUAUGUACUAUUUGCACAAAAGCCUAUGCCAUCCGGAGCUCCCACGAGUGCACAGGUCACCGGUACGGUGAAUGACUCAUCAUGGCUUUCUUAUCCUUUUA